AUGGCUUAUAUUGCAUGCUCCAUACGUUGAAGAUAUACACAAAUACGCUGAAUACCAAGCCAACAGAGUCAGUUGUUUUAGAGACCGCUGUUUUAGCAGGUUCGUGCUGACCGACUGACUGCUAUCAAUGUGCCUGUCAUGUUUACGUUUUCGCGCGCGGACCCCCCAGCUAGUUCUCUAGCUAGCAAUGCACAUUCACUGCAUGUUGUGUUGGACUUGCUCGUCUGUAAGCAAUGCAUACACCUUUACAAAUGACAACAAAAAAACAGUAUAACGUGCAUGAAUAUACGUUUAUAGAGUUAUCUAUGUGACACAAGACAUGUUAAACUCGCAUGUCCUAGCCCACAGUGUCUUCAUCUCGAGUUGUGUAACGUUACUGUAGCUACAUCGCCAUAAAUCCGGAUAUAUCCGUUUUUUUAAAGUUAAUUAACUAAGGUAUUUGAGGUAUAAAUGUUAUGUUGAUGACAAAGUGUUAACAAAAGCAUCGCAUUAAAGCUGCACCUUCUGCAAGACCUCUGAUCACUCCCUAAUCAGCAUCGUUUAUUUGGUUUGAAAACAAUCACAGCAGUAUUUUCUUCAGUUUAAAGUUAGAAUCUUUACCUUUUUUACGUGGUCAAAUAUGCCCCAAAAAAUCCUGAUCUUGAAUACAACGUUAGUCUACUAUACUGUAACUUUACUGUUGUCCUGUUUAACCUCCUGAUGUUUACAUGAUUCGUCUUGAUUGACAGCUGAGCUUCCAACUCUAGAACCUGGGUGACGUCACACAAACCUGAGCCAGGGAGAUUAAAUAUGUCGGAGAAGGUGCAGAACACCUUCAGGUUGCAGCUGUCCUCCGUCAUGGACUCCCUGCUCACUGCAGCCGUGUGUGAGAUCUCCAAGAUCUUUGAGGGCAGUCUGAGUGAGCAGCAGGCAGAGCUCACGCAGAGUGUAAAGGAGAUCUCAGCAUUGAAGGGGAAGCUGAGGCUGGCAGAGAUGAGGUUGAAGGAGGGUGGGAAAAUAAAGGUGUUGGAUGGUACGGCUGCCAACACCUCUGGGCAAACAGUCACUGACGUGACGACAAUUGCUGAGAUAGAAGAAGAAGUACCUGAUUGGUGCGAGCCCCUUCAGUCAGAAGAUUCUUUAAUUCCACCCUCGAAGAUCAAAAAGGAAAAUGAGUGGCCAUGGGUGGACCUGCGACCACUGAGUGUGUCUCUAUGGCGCAUCCCUAACAUCAAACAAGAGCAGGCUGAAGAUUUUGAUAACCACUUGCUGACAGCCCUAGCCAGGAGUCCUCCACGAAAAGGGUCGGCUGCGGAGCGGUUGUUAAACAGACGGUUAAAAGACAUACCUGAACUGAGCGCGGCCGGGUCAGGGUAUGGUUGUGGUUCAGUAGGGCGGGGGCUGAGGAAGACCCAUGGUAGUCUGUUGUGCACAUUCAAACAAGAAAAUCCGGAACCCCAGAGCAGCAUCUUAUUAGAUAAGAAUGUCUUGAGGCACAGCACAAGACAUGGAAAAGAUUGUGACUUACAAAGCAAACACAGAGAGGGGACACAUGGGAAAACGAGUGACAUAGUGAAAAAGAAGGUAGGAAGGAGAAGAAAGCAUUUAAAAAUGGAACCUAAUGCAGAGGAAGAAGCAACAACCAGUGGAACUGACAAGAGUUUCUGCUGCAAAUACUGUGGGAAGUGCUUUCACAGAGAGUUUGGUCUUUCUGUGCACAUGAGGUCUCAUAACAAGGGGACAUACAAAUGUCCUAAGUGUCCCAAAAAGUUUCCGUAUCCAAGUGCACUCCGUGUGCACACAUUGAACAGCCACGGCAAAACAGAAAAAAACAAACCUUGCUCUAACGUCAAAGAAAAGUUGAACUCUAUCAACCACAAAGUGAAAUCCCUCUCCCCCAGCAGAACAAAGCCUACUUCCCCCAACAACAAACCUCUCUCUUCCAGCAAGGCCAAACCUCUACCCCCCAAAGACAAACCUACCUCCCCCAACAACAAAGCUGGCUCCCCUAAAGGCAGCACACAUCCACAACUUUAUUCUUGUCACGUUUGCCAUAAGGAGUACACUUCUGCAAAAUCCCUGCAGGACCACGAACACAUUCACACAGGUGAGAGACCGUACCCUUGUAACCAGUGUGGGCAGAGGUUCCGUGUAAAGCAGUUCCUGAUACUACAUUUGCGUAAAGCCCAUGCGGAUGUGUACGGGGGUGAGGAGAGCAGCAGAUACCUCUCCUGGACUGCACCAGUGGAGGAUCCCAUUGCUAACGGUGCUGAGCAGCAACCUGCCAUUAAGUCAAAGAGCAAAGACGAUCGACGUGCAAAGGAAAACAGCAAACGGAAGCAAAUGACAGAAACAGACGGCCUGUUUCAAUGCACAGUGUGUAAAAAGCUGCUAAGUACACAGAUGAGCCUCGUUCAACACUUCCGCAUCCACACAGGUGAGAAACCGCUCAGCUGCGAAGAGUGCGGCAAGAAAUUCCGCUGUCACCCAAUCUUGAUCAGCCACAGGAAGUCCGCCCACCCGGGGAAGAAGUACCAAUGCCUCAGGUGUGUUCAGCAAUUUGAGACCAUGGCUGAACGUAAGAGACAUCUGCUACAAGUCCACCAAUUCAAGAAACCCAACCCGCGGUCCCGCUGUCCUCGCUGUAACAGGACUUUCCACAACAGUAACUCCUUGAGGAUCCACUAUGAAACUGUCCAUGCCUGAGUCUGUCCACACAUGGCUCGGCUUAGUCAAGUUGGAGUGUUCAGCAGGACCAGGAUCAAUUCCAUUCAGAAAGUCAGAUUGUUACGUCCAUUUGAAGUUACAUUUGUGAUUUGAAAAGUGCUGUUUAUUUUCAAUUAGUCUUUUUUGUCAUCAUUGACUGGCUGAGUGAAAAGCGAAUUGACCCCAACCCUGGUGGCCAAUGAAUUAACAUGAUGCUGAGAGAGGACUCUAAAAGAGCAAAAACGUGUGAUUUGGUGGUCAAUGUUUGUGAUAUGGUGCUCAAUAUGGGUAUCACUGAUCAAACUGUGAUAUGGUGCUCAAUAUGGGUAUCACUGAUCAAACUGUGAUAUGGUGCUCAAUAUGGGUAUCACUGAUCAAACUGUGAUAUGGUGCUCAAUAUGGGUAUCACUGAUCAAACUGUGAUAUGGUGCUCAAUAUGGGUAUCACUGAUCAAACUGUGAUAUGUGGUUGCAGGAUCACAUUUUUAAGUCAGUGCCGGAACAGUUUAUGGCAUUUUUGAUUUCAACGUCUUGGAGCCAUGUUUUAUGUUUUAGUUUCAUUUCUAUGUUAUUAAGACAAAUGUAACAUAUUCUUUGUACUCUACAUUCUCUAUGUUGUCAAGAAAAGCACAGGGAAUAUACUUUUGCUCCAUCAUUUUUUUUUUUUUUUUUACAUUAAUAAAAUGUAUUUACUGGAGGUUGACUUUCUUCAAUAGGUCAUGCAUACUUCAAUAGGUCAUGCAUACUUCAAUAGGUCAUGCAUACUUCAAUAGGGUUUUGCAUGGAUCACCCAGUUUAUUAGUGACCUUUUAUGAAUGACAAAGAUUGCACAAACAUGGGCAGUAGAGACCUCUAGUAAUAAAGGAUAACAAAUAGUACAUGUUCCUCAUUUGCAAUAAUUAUUUCAAGUCAUUAGAUCUUCAGGUACAGUUAAAAGCCAUGUUCACAUUGAAGUGACUUAAAUAUUUUUACUUUUUUUUGUGCAUAUCCAAUUUGUAUCUGUUCAUUUUCCUGCAGUCUGAACAGCCAAACAGCACAUGGAAUCUGAUAUUUCAAGCCAUGUUUCAAACCACCUUCGUAGGUAGUGUGAAGUCAGAUACGAAUAUGAUUCCUGGCAAUGAGACUUGUCUGAGAGGUCAAAUCUGAUUUAUUUCCCCGCAAAUGGUUUUUAGAGUUAUUUGGCAUAUCUUGUUGCUUGCUAGCUACUAUGUUGACAGUUUGACAAGAAAAUGUGGUAGCUAACCAGCUUGCUAAUUGUUUAAACAAAUGAGUGAAUGUGCCAGAAAGCUAAACCACUAACUAGUUGACUGCUGUGGCUAGCCAAAAAGGACUUUGUAUUGGAAAUUGGAUAGUCUCAUUCUUUGAGGCUUUAAAAGUGUUCUUACACUAUGAUUUUGAACAUUCAAAGCAAUUAGGAAACGUCCAUGGCAUGUGUUGUCACCUUAGCUUGUUGCAUACUGUAACUUCUGAUGGUUACCAAUCAGCCUAUACCACUGUGCACACACCCUUAGUUACUAUGACAACUAGCGUAGCCGUGUCAGCAAAUGACUGCUGUCACAAACAAAUCCGAUGUGUCACUUGUCACUUGUUUGGCCAGUCAGUAUUAAAAAACAGAUUUGAAGUUUAAGGCUUUGGAUAAAGAUAGAACUAACCCAAAAUAGUUCAUCUGUGUCUUUUCCGAUGGGAGCAAAUUAAGUAUAGUGGGCAGGACCAAGCGCGAGAUCCUAUUAGCGCGUUGUAGCAUGUAUUUGCAUGUUUUUGUUAGUUAGGGAACGCCUCCUCGGUGAAGUGCGUGUGUGCACAAACUUAAUUCGACCUUGCACUCCUAAACAACGCAAUUUUUAAAAACUUUGGCGAAGAGUCAAGUCUAUAAAAUGUAGUGUACUGUGUUCGUAGUUUUGGGAACAGAAAAAUGUAUUGAGAUCAGAUGUUUAAUCGAUGAGAAAAAUAGCAGAAUGUCGGCCCAGUUUCACCUAGUUCCAUCCUCUCCCACUAACCGUGACUGGACAUUGGAUGCUUCAAUUUUAUAACCCCUGUGACUUGUCUGGGCUAAUCCCUUCUGUCUGUGCUUUAGAUCUCCAGGUGUUAAUGGAAUUACUUCAGAAUUUUACAAAUUAUUUUCUGAACAAAUACCUCCCUUCCAAUCUGAAGUAAAAAUUUUUUAGAGAGUAUUAAAAACAAUGUUCUCCCUCCUACAAUGAAUCAGGGGUUAAUAACACUGAUACCUAAACCCAAAAAAGAAGUGCUGCUCAUCGAUAACUGGCGUCCAAUUUGUCUUCUUAAUAAUGACUAUAAGAUAUUUAUUUACUACUUACAAAAAUAAUGAAAGAAGUCCUGGAUGCAGUCAUUGAUGAAACACAGUCUGGCUUCAUGAGGAACAGACAUAUUUCUAACAAUGUCAGACUAGUAUUAGACAUACUUGACUACUCAGACCUAAUAACUGAGGAUAGCUUCAUAUUAUUUUUUUGAUUUUUAUAAAGCAUUUGUCACAGUAGAGCAUCAGUUCCUCUUCUACUCCCUUGAGAAAUGUGGCUUUGGGGAUUUGUUCUGUAAGGCUAUUGACUCUAUACAAAUGGUAACAGCUCUAUCAAAUUGAAAUAUGGCACCUCACCUAGAUUUGAGUUAAAGAGAGGAAUUAGGCAAGGUUGUCCUAUCUCUCCGUAUCUGCUUUUAUUAAUCACCCAACUUCUUACAAAUUCUUUAAGUAAUAGUCCUUUUCAAAGUAUUUCCAUAGCUGGUAAAGAAAUUAGUAUAAGCCAGCUGGCUGACGAUACUACACUUUUUCUGAAAGACGCUAACCAAAUUCCCAUAUCGAUCAAUGUGAU